AUGGCCUCGGAAAUCAACGGCGUCAUAAGCAAUCCUGAGAGGACGCCUUCGGACGGGAAAAGGUCCCCCAGGUCGAGUACCGGAAAUCCCAAGAUUGUAGUGAAGAAAGAGCCUCCAACCUCACCUUCGCUCCAGGCAAGCACUCGGCAUCGCCCGAAAAAGUUGGAUUUGAAUACAAAUACCACCAUCUCUACCGGACUGAAUUCGCGGCCUUCCGCAACACCAUUGACUGCAAGAGAUGGCCUGGUCAUGCAUGACGUCGGUCUGGCCUGUCUGUCGCCUGGUUUUCAAACCCAAGAUCCCGCAAUGCGAGAACAAUUAGAGCGAAGCAUUUCGGUCCGUGACCAGCAACGAUCAAUCAUCCAAGCAAGACUUCUGAAAUCCGCUCGCGGGGAUGCGCCAGAUUCGGGAAAGAACAGUGAAGCGGCAGGCCCAACGUCUAGCAAGAGCACCGUGGCCAAUUCGAAGAAGAGACCCCCACCAGGUUUAUCGAUUGUUCCUCCUCCCGCCGAGCGAUUUGCCAACGAAAGGGUCAUACAGUCUGCGCCACUGAAUCAGACCUUCACCGGCCGGCAUGACCCCCCUCCAGCAUCGCGGCAGGUCAACAAUCAACCUCCCAACUUGUCGCACAACUCUCAUAUUCAUCACGUGCCGGCGAUUCAGACAACCAACCGGCUGCCCCCUAUUGCCGAUGUCUUUGGGGCUAACGAGCUCCAUCCAGGCCCAGGUCGGCCGCCUUUUCUCCACGCAAGCUCAACUUCAUCUCAAAGCCAUGGACCUCCCCUUCCAUCGCCCGGCUUCCCACCCCAAACAGCCCACCCAGCCUCUCAGCCUCAAGCACACAAUUUCGACCGACCCAGGGAGUACCGAUCUGCAGAAGAAGCUGUGCAUGAGAUGACCGGGGGGCGAGAGGAUCUCUUGCCGAAAAUUGUUCACUAUGGUGGCCACCAACCUCCCACGCCCCCUUCACCACAUGCUGGACAUAAAGACAGCCUUACGCCGCACAAAUAUCAACCCAGUAUGCAAUCCACUAGCAGACGGAGAAGCCGCAACGAGUAUGAAGAGGGCAGCAGCCCACCACUGGGCCCUGGGCCAGAUCGAAUUCGUUAUAACGGACCGUUUGGAGAAGGAAGGGACAGCCCGGCCACACAAAGAGCGAAAAAGGAGGAAUUCCUGAGUUUGUGUUCGAGAGCCUGGGAUCUGUUCCACUCCUGA